UGCUAAUCAAGCCGUCAGAAUGUGCGCGUGUCGCCAGAAGAAGUCCUUCCUCAUAAAGGAUAUACUUGGCGACGUUUCUGUAAAAAACAAGACUUACACAAGUAUCGAUUCCCCUAAGCCACUAGCAUGCAACAGAGCGACGAAACAUACCGCCCUUGCGGUCGGCGAAGGAACAAAAGAUAAGAAUCCUAAAAACAAUGUUAUACUCGAUGAAAAAGCCGUCAGAUUCAAUGUAGUAUGCGAAGUUCAGAAAGAACUAGAUCUCAACAGUGCCAAAGUUAAUCUCGAGCAACGCCGGAACACUUACCCUCUUUAUCCUACACCGGUAAAGGCCAAUGCAGGCUGGCCGGUGCCAGCGUUUAGGAUGAAAGACAUUGUUAGCUAUCCAAUGGAACCACGACAAUCGUUCAGUUACUUCAGCGACCCGAUGUUGAAUGCAGACCAGAUUUUGAGGAAUCAACUGGCAACUAACAGCUAUCUGCCUCAUCCGCUCUUACUACGACAGCCUUUGGGAUUUGACAGAGGUGGUCCGUCUUGCUGCGGAGGUUGGUGGGGGCUAAGCGGUCGUCGCAAAGGAGGGCAGGUGCGGUUCACUGCUACGCAAACCAGCGUCCUGGAGCGUCGGUUCAAUGCCAGCAAGUACCUCAGUCCAGAUGAGAGGCGCGCACUCGCCGCCUCCCUCAGACUCAGUGAUCGACAGGUGAAAACCUGGUUCCAAAACCGUCGCGCGAAAUGGCGCCGAACGACUCCCGACUCGGCCGACGCCAGCAGCCCGCUCACCGUGGACGAGGGCUCUGACGACGAUGUGCUAAUCGCCGACGAAGAACAAACUUAAUGACUACUGAAAACUUUCAUAGCGAUCCCCGCCACGGUGUGAAACUUUAAAGAAUUCAUUUCUUCUACAAACAUUGGUGCCCAAAAUAGCUAGCUAGCGCCACCUGUUCAGGGUCCGUAAAGGAAACUUGAUAUUGUGAGUUGGGAUUGUAAUACUAGAGAAAUUGAAUUUUAAAACGCGAUACAGUCCCUAUCGAUUCCCGCAAUCAUAAACUAUUUCUAUGUAAUCGUUCAAAAAGAGACAACUUUACAACGGCAUUUCUUUACGGCGUAGAAUAUUGUAGAACAAAUGAAUUUCCCACAAUAGAUUUCGAUAUAUCUCAGCAGUAGACAGAAGUAACAAUUACAACAAACAGAAUAAAUGUAAAUAGAAAUCGAGUUCAAGCGCUGUAAAUUUCGUCAAAGUUGCAUCUAAAUAAUUCACGAUAAACCUGGAACUGCGUCAUUAAUACCAAAUAGACUUAUGAUAUGUUAGUCUUUAUCUCAUUAUUUUAUAAAAAUAAUAUAUUAUGUAUAGAUGCAAUUACACCAGAGCGCUUUCACUUGGGUUCGAAGCAUGCACCUGUCUUGUGUUAUCCACUGGUGCUUGCCUUUGUCAUGUGCUUUCAAUUUGCUUUUUUUUACUUUAUUGAUGUUCUCCUAAACACACUAGAAUAAGCGUCAAACGUUACUUGAAAGGGCAGAUUGAAGCGCAUCCGUGUAAUUACAAAUUACAUUAUUCAUUGCCCUUUGUUGCUGUGCACAAAGAGAAUAAAUUCGUGGACCGGUAAUCACUCAAUUAUGUAAUAGAGUUAUUUGCGGUUAAGGAUCUCCUUUAUUAACUGUCAGAUUGCCAGUGACGAUUAUCAUUCUGAUAAAUAAUUCACAAUCGACUUUAUUCUACUACAAUACGUGUAAGAGUAUAUUUUUAAGACGCAUAGACAAUAAUUGUUUU